AAGCUUCGAUUAGCUCUCAAAAGCCCACAGUAUAUGAUUCUUUUGCAAAAGUAAACUUCAAACACUCCAAAGUGGCGGUUGAGGCUCGAGCCUUAAUAUCGCUCAAUGCGAUUCAGUUCUCUGUUAGAUGCCUAAGUGAGUGGAUCAAAAAGGCAUACAAGUGUGUUUGCAAUUUAUUGGUGAUACAAAAAGUUUAUACAAAGUGAAGGAAUCAAAUAAAUUAAAAGAAAUAAAGAAAAUUAAUUAAAUAAAAAAUUGAUAUUUUAAAAGGACAAAAAAAGAAUUUUUAGUGAAAACAUGAAAAAUAAAGUGAGAAAACCCCUUUUAGGUGCAACUCUUGCAGUGAAUAAUGAACAGGAGAUUAAUAAUAACACAGAAAAAUCCGGAUUUAAAUUUUAUUCCCGCCGCACCAUCAUUUUCCUUUCAAUCGGCCUCACAUUCAUCAUAGCCGGUAUUGUAGCUACAAAGAUUUCCAUUAGAGAUCUCAUGUUGGAUGAAAAGCUCCGCAUGCGUCCCCUCCUGCCGCCCUAUCAAUGGUGGAAAAAUCCCCAACCCAUCGUGCGGUUGCGCCUCUUCAUCUUCGACGUGAUAAAUCAUGAAGAAUUCCUCAAAGGAGAAGAUGAAGUGCUGAAGAUGCGAGAGAUCGGUCCAAUUGUCUACAGAGAGCACCUUCGACAUGAGAAUAUUACAUUUCAUUCAGAGAAUGACACAAUGAGCUUCACAGCGGUACGAUCAGUGGAGUUCCUUGAGGAUGAGAAUGAACCUGGAAUCCUCAAUCGAACGAUCAUUGUUCCAAAUCUUUCAAUUCUUGCUAUGGCGUCGCGACUGAAUGAUGCGCCCUUUUUCAUGAAGAUCGGCUUUAACAUGCUCCUGCGCAGCUCCAAUGACUCAGUUUUCCAAAAUACGACGAUCUACAAAUAUCUCUGGGACAUGGAUGGGCAACUCAUGCGAUUGGGUGAGAAGUUGGUGCCCUUUAUGGUUCCUGUGGACAACUACGGCAUCCUUCACACGAUCUACAAAUCCUUCACGGAUCGGCAGAAUGUGAAGAUCGGCACAGCGCAUGGGCAUGAGCACUUCUUCGAGAUUAACCUCUACAACGAUCGACCCACAGUUCCGGGUUUUCUGCCUGAACGAGGUGAUUGCUUUGCCACAAUUGAGAACUCCACAGAGGGACUCUACUACCCCCAGCGUCUCACCAAUGAAUCCGUUCUCAUGUACUGGCGCAAGACCAUCUGCCGCCCAAGCUACCUCCACUACACUGAGGAUGUGUCAGUGGGUGGAAUUCCAGGAAAGAAGUACGUCCUCCCCGAUAGUACGUACGAUCGCACAGAUCCUCUUGAAGGAGACUGUUAUCGCGGAGAGGGCGAACCUGUGUUUCCAGAUGGACUCAGUGAUGCCUCAAAAUGCUAUCACGGCUUCCCCAUUGCCAUAUCCAAGCCACACUUCCUCAAUCGCACAGGCGAUUGGGUCAAAAAGCUCGAAGGAAUGACGCCAAGCGAAGAAGCUCAUGGGAGCUUUAUCAUUGCUGAGCCAUUGACGGGAGUUCCUCUGAGGGAAUGUGCGAGAUCACAAAGCAACAUCUUCGUAAGCAAACUUUCAGGAUUCUCCAAUCCUGACUUGAUGAGAUUUAGCGAAAUGGUUGUUCCAAUGAUCUGGCUUGAAUAUUGCAUGCUGGAGCUAACACCGCUUAUCAAUUUGGCCUUGUCGUUCGUCGUGAUGUAUAUGGAACCUCUUCAGUACGUGGGCAGUAUGGUUUGCCUAGCACUUGGCAGCAUAGCCCUCCUCCUAGUCGCUGUAGAUUAUUUUAGAGACAAAAAAUACAGAAUAAUCAGUCCUGACGGCAAAUACGUCUAAAGCUGCUGUGCAAUUAAGUCCAUAUAACAUUCGAGUUGAUGAAACAAAAGACCUAAAACAGCAACGAUGAUUAACACGGAGAUUGAACCUUUUUGUUUCAUGCCAAUAAUGCGGGAUCUCUACACCCGAGUGAUGUAUACUUUUGUGUGAAAAACAAUAAUAGAAAAAAAAAGAAACAUAAAAUUAAUAGAACUUCUAUAUGCGCGAAAAUAUUGCUUCACCGAGCAAAUCUUCAUCGCAGCAUGAUUUUUCUAAAUCGCUUUUGGGGAGAGUGAUUGAGGUAAAACGAGUAAAUGGGUGAUCAGUCUUCGAGACAUUUUGUUGUUGUGCAAUUGCCAAAAUAGUUGGGUAGCUUGAAAAGUUCGUAAACUGUUUGAAUGAAAGCUCAUCAAAGCUUGAGGCUAAUAAAAAAAAAGUUUUGCAAUAUUUUUGAUCAUCUCUGCUAUUUAUUUUCAUUUGAAAGCUUUCAUAAAAUAUCUUUGAGAAAUUUUCAUUAGUUAAAAAAAAAGAACAAAAUAAAUUCAGCAGCUGAAUAAAAAAAAUUCAGAAAAAGAAUUUAAAAAUUCAACGUCUUAAAAAAUCAAUUUAGCAUCAGAAUUAAGAAACUCAAUAUCAGAAUUUAUAAAUUCAGCAACGAAAUGAAUCAAUUUAGAGCCAAUUCAGCAUUAGAAUAUAAUCAUUUCAGAGCAUGAAUAAAAGAAUUCAGCAACAGAAUUAAGAAAUUCAGAACUAGAAAAAAAAGAACUCAGCGUUUGAAUAAAUCAAUUCAGCGUUUGAAUAAAUUAAUUCAGCAUCUGAAUAAGUCAAUUCAGAAUAAGAAUAAAUCAAUUCAGAGAGUGAAUAAAAUAAUUUAGCAUCAUAAUUAACAAAUUCAGCAUCUAAAUUUAGAAAUUGAGCAUAAGAACAAAUCAAUUCAGAAUAAGAAUAAAUAAAUCUGAAAAAAUCAAUUCAGCAUAAAAAUAAAAGAAUUCUGUAUCUGAAUAAAUCAAUUUAGCAUCAGAAAUAUGAAAUUCCUGCAUUCUAAUAAAAAAGAAUUCAGCAUCUGUAUAUAAUUCAAUUCAGCAUCUAAAUAAAUCAUUUCAACAUAAGAAUUAAAUGAAUUCAGAUAAUUUUACAAAUUCAGCAGAUUCUGAUUUUUUCUUCAAUUGCUAAAUUUUUGAUUUAUUUCGCUGAAAUUGUUUUUCAAAUUGAAUUAUUGAAUCAAAUUAUUCGUAAUUUUGAAAGCUUUCUAAAAUAAUUAAGAACUUUCAAGAUUUUUAUGAAUAAAUAAAAAAUAAAAUUCAAAAAGAAAUAAUCAAGAAAAAACAUUCAAACAGCCAACAAACUUUUCCAACAGCCACCCAACUACUAAGUAGCCUCAACUUCUUGCCUUUUGUAUGUAUUUUUUCUUCAAUUUAACAAUUAAUAAUUGAAUUUCGCCGCUCAAAAUAUAAAACAACAUAAUCUUCGAUAUUGAUCUCACUGACUUUUUUUUUCCUGCACACACGAACGAUGCGGGGCAAAAAAGGUCGCGACGCGAGCACUACGCCAUGCGAAGGUUUUGUUUACCACCGAAAGCUGUAACACGUGUAAUUGGCCAUCGCGCUCUUCCAAGAAGUCUUCUUACUGCGCCAUGCCACUGAACCCAUCUUACGAACUUUACGAAGAUCUUUUUUUAUUUAUUUGUCCCUCCCGUGCGUUGGGAAACAACAUUCUUUUUUUGCCUUUAAACUCUUCAAUUUUGACUACCUUCCAAUUCGUAUGAGAUUUAGUGUUUUACGAUCAGAUCAUAGUUCAGUGCCCAAUGAUUCUCCGUGUGCGUCAAACAAUUCUUUAUAAUUGAUUGUUAUUGAGAAUGAAAAGUGAGAGAAAAAAAAAUUCAACAAGAAAAAUAUACAAUUAAAUUCCCGCCGAAACAAAUCACAAAACUACCCGACCUUCCUCUACAUUCUGUAAUAGCCUAUUAAUCAAUAUUUUAUCUCAACUCUACACAUAACUUUGAGGUCUACACUUUGCACUACAAUUUGAUUCUUUCUUCUUCAGUAUUUUCUUCUUUUUUUUUUU